ACUUUAAUGAGUUUUUGGUUAAAACUUAAUAAAAAAUAAAUUACUUGCAUUAAAAACUAUUCUGAUUAUGUAUACACUAAACAACAAAAAAAUUUAUACAUUAAAGAUUAUUUUGAUGACUUAACACAUGAAGAUUUAAAAUAUUUUUUUUCAUACAUUAAGGAUUAUUUUCAACCCCGUACAUUAAUGGCCAUUUUGAUCUUAGCUGUUAUCUACUCUAAUUGGUGCGGUAAUUCAGGGGUAUUCCAAGACUCAUAUUGCACACAACCUGUUUGAUGAUUUGUUUCAAAGAGCCUUCAGAUUCAUAUACAAUCUGUUAAUCAAAAUCUUUGAGUGGGCUCAAUUAACCGCAUUCAGAAUUCUGAUUUUCUGACUUAUUAUCAUUUGAACUAUCUUUACAGUUUUGGAGAAGAUGCUUACAAAACGUCUAUUUUCAUCGUCGUCUGCUUCUCCGAAUUUGUUUAAAAUCGGAAGCAUUUUGAAGCAAACCAGGACAUUUACUGAUGCUGAUGUUCUUGGGUAUUCUGAGCUGACUCACGACGCCAAUCCAUUGCAUUUUGAUGCUGAAUGCGCCAAGGAUGCUGGUUUCAACGACCGCCUUGUUCCUGGGAUGCUUGUUGCUUCCUUGUUUCCCAGGAUUAUUGCUGCACAUUUUCCAGGAGCUAUAUAUGUUUCACAAACCUUGCACUUCAAAUUGCCUGUUUAUAUAGGAGAGGAGAUCAUUGCUGAAGUACAGGCAACAAGCAUUAGACGAAUGAAAAACAAGUACAUCGCAAAACUGUCAACAAAAUGUAUCAAAUGCAAUGGUCCUCUGGUUAUUGAUGGUGAAGCAACAGCAAUGUUACCAUCUCUAGUCAUAGAACCACCAAACUUAGCAAGUGCUUCCAGCUAAUCUGUAAACACCUUUUGCUUGUCAGCAAAAACAUUCUAAAGCUGCACGAGCUUCGCGUAAGAAAUACCAAGGGAAUAUCCCUGAGAAUUGCAGUUCUAGAUCAUUUGCAUGUACAAGUUCUACCUCAUAUGUGUCAUUCAGGUCAAAGCCUCUAAGUUUAAGUUACGAGUAGUUAGCAAAUGUUGAUGCUUUGUUCUUACACAUCAAAGUUGCAUUUGAUUUGCGUUUGUCAUUUGAGCUGUAAAAUCUUGAUGGAGUAUUGAAUUUUGAUUGCUUUCUGAUGAAAAUAGUACUAAUCCCUUAUAAUAUACGACACAGUGGAUGGUAAGAAAGCACUAUGUUGAGGCGGAGUCCACCAUAGAUGUUGCCAUUUGAGAAAACUGAAGUAGGCGAGAGAGGAGGAAAACACAUCCGACUGAAAAAGCUUUAUUCGCAAUCUGAUGCUGACACCAUUGUAAUGAUUAAUAUGUACUCUCACAUCAAUUUAUUAUUUAAUCAUGUCCAAUUAACAGACAUAAGUCGAUAUGUAACUCACUGGCACUAGCAUAUACCACUUCCACUGCCAAGAGGACUGCAUAACAUAUGCAAGAAUUGGCAGAACGUGUCUUCUACCCUUUUAACAAUUCACUUAUAAAUGUUUUUCCAUAGUUCCUA